AUGGGUUGCCCAGCAUUUCACUACUCAACAUUAAAUCUGGCUAACAAGGAGGAUGGAAAAGGAAACAGCACUCUGAUCAUGGCGGCUAAGGUUGACUGCAAGAUGGUCGAGAUAAUCCUCAGCUACGGUGGCAAUCCUAAUCAUGCCAACCAGAAUGGGGAUAUGCCCCUGAGCAUAGCUGCGAACAGGUAUGACAAAGAAACCAUAAACUCUCUCCUACAUGAGGGAGGUGAUCUUGAAACAGCCGUUGUGAGGUUGACAUCAUCUUUGAGACAUGACUCCCAGGAAAAGCUUCGAGAGAACAAUGUCAUCGGUUUUUGUUCAAGGCCUUUGAUUUUCUUGUUAGCUGACGAUGCGUACUUGAGAUGCAGGGACCCAAUAAAGACAGCAUUUCGCGUUUCUAACGAUAUCAAGAGGAUUAAACACGUAAGGAACGAGUUUGAGACGGAGUUCGAGUUGCUGAUUGAGAACGCAGACACAUUUGCGUAUACGUUUCUGGACCAAUGUGAUAAGAUGACGGAUGCUAAAGAAAUUAUUCUUUACCCGGAGAAUCUGCUGAAAACGGCUAUCAAGCAGGAAAAGAAACAGUUUGUUUCCCAUCCAUUCAAUCAACAGAUCAUCAAUGAGAGUUGGAAUGGAGAUUUUAACAACACACUUCUUUAUGGUAAAACCCUGAUAGCAUUAAAGUACAUUGCUAGUCCGAUAAUGCUACCAUUGCUCUUUCUGAAGUUACUUCUGGUCGAACUUCCCAGAGGAAUAAAGUUCAUGGAGUCUUCUUUCGCAGAACUCCUCAAGUUGAAGUUCACUCCUUGCAUGUGCUUCAUUACGGACGCAUUGAACUACUUGAUUUUCCUGAUGAUACUGAUAUGCGCUUGUAUUUUUCCUACAGAUGGAAAAUACCAAGUUGGGGGAACGGAUUACUUGCUCUAUUUCUGUGUCUUAUCUCGUUUGAUCAUUGAAAUAGAUUUCCUGGUGCAGCAAGGUUGGGGAUACCUCCGGCAUUUUUGGAAUAUUGUAGAUAUCAUUGUCAUAGUUAUGCUAUGCGUGGGAGCCGUCCACAAUGUGAUGAUUCAGUACAGGGUUGAUGGCCUUCUGAAGGAACAUAAAGAAAAGAAGGAAAAAAUUGACUACAAGGCGACUGAAGGAGAUCUGAUGCGAUCACAUCAAGAUUCCAUGAAUGUUUACUACAUGUAUGCGGUUGCAGAAUUUAUCCUGACGUUGCGGAUUCUAGGUCUUUUGGAAGUCUUUAAAUCACUUGGAACAAUGAUGAUUGCACUAAAGUACCUAGUAAUAGAUGUACUAAACUUCGGAAUCCUAUUGCUUACAGUAAUCUUUGGAACAUCAAUAGCGAUUUACAGCAUGACGAUAAGCAUUCACCGAUGGAACAAGGAACUCAAAAGCUCAGUGGCAAUAUUCUUUGACGGUGCUGAAGACCACAUUUUCACAUUGCUACCAUACAACCACAGCCAUCCCGAGGGGGAGGUCACCGCUCCAGCUGUUUUCGAGACCUUUUAUGACACUAUGAGGAAUAUCAUGUGGUCAACUUUUGGACUUCUUGAUGUUGUGAAUUUGGCAGUGGAACACGAAGCUCGCACAACAGUCUUCAUCAACAUCAUUCUCAUCUUAUACAUUCUUCUUUCGUGUGUGCUGCUACUCAACAUGCUCAUAGGCAUCCUUGGAAGCACUUUCGAUAGAAUCAAGGACAACUGUGACAUUGAAUGGAAAUAUGCUCGCAGCAAACUCCUGAAGGAUUACAUCAGAGCGCAGCCUCUCUUAUUUCCGUACUUCGCCAUAUUCUUCCCUUUCAUCAUCUGGUUCAGGAGACGGUUAAGAGAAGAACGGAGCAGAAAGAAGGAGAAAGACACCAGCUUGACAACAAAUGAAGAGACGGAACGGGAUAAGCUGAUUUCUGCCCUUUGUGAUAGAUUUACGUGUGGGAACCUGGUGGAAGAAUCUGGCGGAAAGUUUAGUGAUAUGGACCAAAAUGGCGGAACGUUCGAACAAAGGAUAAAGAUAAGGAGGCAGAGAUCUGUGUUACACUCAUCUGUUAAGGUGAAGGAGCAGAACGCAGGAGCAACAACAUGAAUUUGUGAAACAUUUUAGUCAAAAUGAUGGUUAAAUCUUUCCAAAAUUUUUGAAUUUGAAUUUGAAGAAUUACGAAUAGAAAUUUUCCCCGCAAAUUGACAAUAACUGUA